AGUUCGCACGUGCGUCGAAAGCACUUCGAAAGCGAAGAAUUGUCAGCGACGAUCGGCGACGAUGGUUUUCACGAGUGGAACGCACACGAUACCUGCUUCAAAAUGGAGAUCUGUAUUUGAUUUGCUUCUGUUUAGAGAACUGCGAGAUGACGUAGACGACACGCUUGUGCAGAAGCUGAUCAGUUGCUUAGACUCGAUGGUGAUAGAAAACCGAGAACACGCAGAAGGCAUCUGGAAAGACGCUGGAUUGCGAGAACAGAUUCCGCGAGCAUUUGGCGCAGGUGGACGGGCAGCGUCCACCGUGUUCGCGUUGCGCGCGACUGGAGCCUUCGGUCAGGACGAAAAUUUCUUCCGCGACAUGCAAGCAGGAACACAGAUUUUACAUAGAUUACUGCACCUGGAGAUCGCUGGCCCGACGCGGGAUUCGAGCGUCAAGGCAGCGUACCUUCGUACGUUGUUCAAUAUCCUGAGCCACAGGACGGGAAAUACGUGGGUAAUGGAGCAAGGUCUUUUCUCCAAGACGUUCCCGUGCCUUCAAGACUGCAGCAUCUUUGUGCAAAACGCGGCAGAAAAAUUUUUGGCCCGUUUCUUGAGCCUGAACAUCUUGGUUGACCCCGGAGCAGCGGAAGUGUCGACCGUCGUAGAUAGCGUUUGCUAUCAUAAAGAUAUAAACCAAUCAAAGAGGUGUCUCCGCAUAAUCAAAGGCGUGCUAGACGACAGCCCGGAAGUCGCCGAUGUACUCUGCUCGCAAUUCCAGCUCGAUGUUAAACUCGAAGAGUUGCUGAAGGAAUCCGAAACGGACAGCGCAAAUGACAUUUGCCUUUCGGAGCUACUGUGUCGUCUCCGUUGUGCUAGGGAGGAAUGGGACAUGCAGAUUGACACGAUGAAACUGCUGGAAAAUGGAGGGAAAACGGCUACCCUAAUCAGGACAGCAGCGACUGUCCUUCAGUAUCCGCAGACGCUCAGUCCCGAGAUCAACGAAAAGUGCUUCAAAACGCUCGGGACAGUUGUUCUGAGACAUGCCAAGCCUUCGUUUGUGUCGUCUGCCCUGUGCGCUCUCAGGGAGAGCAUCGCGCUGAAAUGUGACAAGGACAUAGGGGAACACCUGCUGGAAUGUCUGUCGGCUUUCCUAAGCCUAGCCGUGGACGAGUCGUCGUACUGGGCAAAGCAAAGUCGAAUUCUCGCUGUGGCCUGCGAGUGCUUCGGUCUCACCCUCACUAUUGUUGCUUCAGAAGGAGCGGGACUGGAACUGCCGGUGUCCGAGCGCUACCUCGGCAUGACUCUGCGCCUUCUGCCGAACACCAAUCUUUCUUGUCACGGUAUCAAAGAACUGCUCUCUGCAUCGGUGGCACUUGCCCUCGGAAUCUUCAGUCGAUGCCAGCAGGAUUUCUGCUGGAGCUCCUCACCGGGCCUGGUACAGCUCGCAACGGUGUUCCAACGCUGCUUGGUGUACACCGACCACGAGGUGAUAGAGACGGCUCUCGAGGUUUUUCCUCAGCUGGCAGCCACUCAAGAGUUCCUCCCAGCGUCGAGACAUUGCACGUUCACGAAGUGGCUGGAGGACAACUUCCUCCUGCGCUUCGUGUGGGACACGACGCGGAGCAUGCACGGAAACGUUCGCGCGAGCGCUGCCGUGGUGCUCGGACAGGUGUGCCCGUGCGAAUAUGUCUGGCGCCACUUCAGGGACACUCUGCAGCUUACUGAGCAGAAUGCCAACAACCCUGAUAGCCGUAACUUCCAGUCCGACGCCAUCCAUCUCAUGACAACCAUGGUGGUUACGGACCCCAACGUGUUUGCUCGGCGUUCCGCAAUGGCCGCUCUGUCUUCCUGGGUGGUCAGGGACACCUUCGGAGCGUACUCUCGAAACGCUACGUCACUCCGACGCACGCUGCUCGAGUCCGUAGCGUUUGACUUGGACUCCAGUGUCCAGCGUAUGGGGCUGCACACGUGGGGCACCUGCCUGGAGCUGGACCUGAACAACGUUGACCCGAGGAGCAGGAAUCCACACACAGCGAGCGAGGUGCUGAAGCGGGCAGACGCCGACGGACUGGGCGUCGCUCUGGGGCGUUCGUUGGCUCCAGACAGUGACCACGAAGUCCGAAUAGAGGCUUUCGGAUUGGUGGAGAGACUCCGCAAGCGAUUGCGGCUGGAAUUUCAGAUGGACAUCGGCCCGACCAUUGACACGAGCUUCUUUCGCCACAUGAGCGGACUGCUUGAGCCAGAAGAACACGUUGCAUCGUCUGCGGAGGAACGGUCGAAAGGCGCGGAUGAAGUUCUCGACAAGACGAUCUCAGACUGGCUCCAGCAAAAGCUUAUCGCUCGCGGAGACACUCUACCUUCAUCGAGGGAGGAUCGCCUGGCGACACUCAGCGGCGGAGCGACCGUGAUGGAAAUCCUGGAGAUGAAAUUGGAAGUCUGCAAGGAGGAUUGUCAGUGGAAGCGCAUCGAUUCCAUCAUUGACGACAUCCUCAACGCAGCUGCGACGGAGCAUAGAGUCCAGGACUGUUACUGAAGUUUGUCAGCGGGUUUGUGUGUGGGUGUGUGUGCGUGUGAUAUGGGUUUGUACAUAUACACUGUUUCUCAAAAGUGGGGCAUUAUUCUCUCAUUGUGGGCAUUACUUUCUGGUUCAUGAAUUGGAAAAAAAAUAAAGGGUUUCGAUCACUGUU